AGGAUCCAUACGCCCACUUACGUGCCCAAUAAAUAAUACAUAGGGGACUCCCAUUUCUGACAUUUAAUAAGAUGAAACCAUAGUCUAUAAUGAAACAGCGUUAAUGGCUAACACGCAAACAUUUAUAACGUUAUUGGGAAGAAAAUACAAAGUGAUUGAGUGCAACUUACCUGUGGAUUAUGUAAGUACUCGACCAUGUGAAGAUCUAGAAGAAAACACUUCGGUAUAUGACUCCACCGGAAAUCAAGGUGAGGACGUUUCACAACAAACAAAUUUAGAGGUGAUUAACGAUAAUAUCCCGACAGUAGCUGAUCCUAUUGAUGGAAUUAAUGAGGUGGAAGAUGCAAAACUAACACCAAGUGAAAAUGUAAAUGAAUUGUUGAUAUCUGAAAAUUCUACUGAAACUAAAAAUGAAAAUGCGUCUAAUGAAAAUAUGGCAAGUAUGAAUGUGGAUAAAGAAAGUUGUGAUGGGAAUUUAGAGUCUACCGUUGCAGAUGAAUCUAAAGUACUCACAGAAGAGAAAACAAUAGAAUCUACAUCAAAUGAGCAGCCAGAAAAUGAAGAAAAUGUUCAGGUAGCUUCAAUGGAAAAUACCGUUGAAAAUAUAGCAGCAGAAUCUGAAAAUUCAAGUAUGGAAGAAGAAAAUACAGAUGUUUUAGUGGAUACGGAUCAAAUUGAUGUUGAAGAAGGUGUUGAUUUGGAUUUAUUAUUGGAAGAGGAUGAAGUUGAUCUUCCGAAGUUUGAGUACCAAGCAUCCAUUGAUGCAGAUGAGGAGGUGGAAAAAUCUUCAGAUUCAGAAACGCAAGAUCAAAAUGAGGAGAGCGCAUCAGAGGCUGUGGUAGUCGGAAAUCAAUUAGAACAAGUUGAAUGCGCAGUUGAAGCUAACAAUGAAGAGACGGGUGAAGUAAAUGGAGAUGAGGAAACUGGUGAUGGUGAGACUGUGGGAGCGACAACUGUGAUUACUGACAGUUUUGCGAGGCCUGUUACCCGUAGUGGUUCACUUGGUGAGCCGCCUUCUUAUUCUGAGUCGGAGUCUUCACAAACAGAUGGGGAUUCUAUGAUGAGAGUAAGCUUGUCUGAUAAACUGCUUAUUGUUGAUUAUGCAAAGUCAGAAUGGAAAGGGACAACUUUCACAGCUGAGUGUGUGAGAAAGGGUUACUCAAAAAUUAUAAGUUCUGUGGGUUGUAGCUACAUGAGACAAGUAAGGGGAGAUAACUACUGUGCACUCAGAGCUGCUGUCUUUCAAAUUUUAACUCAACGGUUGCCAGUCAUUACAACCUGCCCUGACAGAGCUACUUUUUUAAACACAUUGCCUGAAAGAUUACAAGAGCAAUAUAAUUGCGAGUGGUUAAAAGAUUGGAGUUUCGCAAACAGACUUCCUUCUGACCAGAAUAACAGAUUUAAUGUAAUGCACGCUUGUCUGACCUUCUUUGAGGAGCAAUUAAGUCUUUCUGAAGCUAUGUCUAGCAAAGAGGACAGAGAAGCCCACUUUUUGGCUCUAUUUAACUCUGGUUCCAAUGCUGAAAUUAGACUUUUUGAAGCAGUGAAAUUGGUAAUGCUGGAAUGUGCAAUGAGACUUUAUGCGCUCAAUUGUAAAGGGGAGGAGGUCCCAGUUUUUGUUUGGCUUCUUUUUGCGAGAGAUACAAGUAGUGAGCCACAAAGUCUCAUGCUUAACCAUUUAAACAAUGCUGGGAAUUCUGGUGGCCUUGAGCAAGUUGAAAUGUUCCUGCUUGGGCAAGCGCUUGAACUAACUGUGAGAGUUGUCAGACCUUCUAAUGUUGACCAGGAGGACUUUAUAACACAUUAUCCAGACCACAUGGUGGAUAAGUGGCACAAACUCAACCUGAUUGCUGAAGAUGACAGACAUUAUAAUAUAUUAGUUUGACAUAUUGUUGUUGUAUUUAUUGUGAAAAACUGCUGCAUAAAAUCACUGAACUAUUUUAAUAUGUAAAAUGAACAUGAUAUGUAGAGCAGGCUUAGGUGUAAAACAAUUGUCAUUUUAAAAUAUCAUAGAGAACACACUAACUUGAAUGUAUUGUCACAACCUGCUUUGUUUUAAAUUAAUGUAUUACAAUUUUUAUGAAUUUGUUUUGGCGGACCACAGUGUAGCAACAGAAUAAAUUUACCCCAAAUUUUGGUGUUUCAAUAUUACAAAGCAAACUUCUUGGUCAUAUUUCCUUGAUUACAUUACAUUAAAUGGUGGAGUUGUUUUUUUAAUUAUCCAAGUUGCUGCUAAAGCUAAUAUUGAAUAUGUUAUGUAUCAUUUUCACAUUAUGAUUAUGUUUUCCCUAUAUAUAUGUUUAAUAUAUAUUUACCU